AUGGUUUACAGUAAACCAAAUCCUACAUCUGGGGCCAUGAAGAGGUCUGCCUCGUCCCUCGAAGGACCUAUUGGAUGGGAUGUUGCUCCUCCUAUGAUGACCCACUCUCGCCCGUCAUUCCGUCCUCCUUAUGCCCACUACGCCAUGAUCUUUGUUGACCAUGACGGAAAGAUUAAAGUCGACGAGUCUGUUUCCAUCCAGGAGCAGAACUCGACCAUCUUCACCCCAGACGUCCGCCAAAACUUCCUUGAGGUUCUUGGUGAACGUAUCGGCUACCAGGCCCCUCCUCGUCAAACCUUUGAUACAUCUCCCCGUCGGGUGAGACGCCGCAAGGGCAACGCGCCUGCCUUCAUUGGCUCUGACGACCGCCUGACUGAGCAUGGUUCCGACAAUGAAGACUUCUCCAAUGGAUCCAAUGAGAUGGUUCCUCUCCGCAUCGGAGACUCACAAAAAGUGCAGCAGUACUACGAAAGUGCCCUUAAGCACUUCCAACAGCUUAACUGCCGCAUGGUCGCCAAGGCAUUCAUUAAGUUUAUUGAGCCUCGCAAGCAGGUUCGACACCCUUACAACGGUGGCAAGCCCCCACCAGGAUCAGCCCCCGGUACUACCGGAGACCCAGAAAAGACGAGACCUGAGUGGUGGCCUCCGGGUGUCAUGCACAAGGAGCCUGACCACCUGCGCAAAGAGUUCCGCAUUGUGCUCUUGAUUCACAUUAUACGCAAGCUUGGUGCUUACGGUAUCACUGCCGACAAGCUGAAGGAGGUAGCUGGCGACACCAAGCGCAGCUUAAAGCACUCAUCCCAUGUCGAGAUCAUCUACGAGAUCCUUCGGGUCCGCAAGAUGGAAGAGCGCUUCGAGCGCGGUGAAGUUGACUCCAACAUGGUCGUCUACACCAUGAACCGUGGCCCUGGCCCUAAGGACAAUGAUGACGAUGAUUCCGCCGACGCCCCGUCAAUCACUAUCGAAGAGCCUGAACACACUGACCAAGGCUUGAUGACUCCUAUGUCCUCCGUCGAGCAACACGUCGCCGCCGCUCUAACCACUCCCGUUGAGACCAUGCAAUCAUCUCGAUCUCUUCCAGGUAGCUUCUCCAUGCCGGAGCCUCUCACAUUCGAAACCACAUCCCGCCACGACCGCCCCUACUACGCCACCCCACCCCAAUACACCGACUCCUUCUCACAGCCGAUGCUCAGCACUCCGGUAACCGCAGAGAUGAUCAGCCCCCAUGACGUCUCGGUCUUCGACUACCCCACCCACAACUCCUUCACAUCCUCAACCUCCGACCACCAACGCGGAACUCAAUACGACCCUUGGACCCCAUCUUUCCGCCAGAACAUCUUCGGCCCAGUUGACUACAACCCCGCAACAAGCCAGGCCAUGUCCCAGCCUUCCCUCUACCAAAUGCCCAUGACACACAUGCAUGACAUGUCCAAUACCUCCAUAGACCAGCGGUCCUUGCCUUUCCGCACCGGAUCCCUAAGUCAUCCCCAGCCGCACGGCAUGCCUCUCUCUCACCAUGCUUAG